AGGCCGCCUGGUCCGGCCCCUUCUCUAAGGAAGCGCGUUUCCUGCCUCCCGGCUGGGCUGGAUGAGCCAGGAGCUCCCCGCCGCUGCCGGUCAUACCCCAGCCUCCAUCUGCACCCACAGGCCAGGACAGACGCCGUUGUCCCCCGGAGCCCAGCACCCCCUCCUGCUCUUCCACAGGCCAGCGCCCCCGGGCCUGGCCCUGUGCCCACUUCUCCUGACCCCUCGGCCGCCCCCUCAGAAGGCUGGAGCAGGGACGCCGUCGCUCCGGCCGCCUGCUCCCCUUGGGUCCCCACGAGAGCCCACGCCGGCGCCCGCGCCCGCCCGCAGCCCUGCCCCUGGACACCGGAUAAGGCCCAGCGCACAGACCCCGGCUGGACGGCAUGGACCACGGCGCAGUCCCCCCGCUCGUCGCCCUGCUGCUGGCCGUCUGCAGCCUCAGCCCCACAAAUCUUGCAGAAACAGUCCACUGUGACCUACAGCCUGUGGACCCCAAGGGGGGCAAGGUGACAUACUUCACCAGCGAAGUUUCCAAGGGCUGUGUGGCUUCGGCCCCCAAUGCUACCCUGGAAGUCCAUGUCCUCUUCCUGGAGUUCCCGAGGGAUGUGUUGGAGCUGAACCUGACCCUGGAGACAGCCCAGCAAGAGGGAACCCAGCCCCGAGAGGUGCUUCUGGUCCUCGUCCUAAGCAAGACCGUCUUCCUGCACCUGCAGGCCCCCGGGAUCCCGCUCUACCUGGCCUCGAACCCCAAAUUGGUCAUCUUCCAAGAUCCAUCAAGCAUCAACAUCACAGAGCUCCCGCCCUUAACCAGCAAGAGCGAGUUCCUCCACUGGGCGGCUUCCAGGGGGCCUGUCGUUUCUGUGGCUGAACUGAAUGACCCUCGCAUCAUCCUCAUCCGUCUGGAUCAAGCCCAGGGCUCGCCGUCUGCCUGCACCCCGGAACUUCUCGCGGACAUGGGCCACACGCUCCAAUGGCAGCCGCGCUCCGGGCCGUUGGUCCAGGGCUGCCGCUUGGAAGGUGUGGCCGGCCACAAGGAGGCACAUAUCCUGAGGGUCCUACCCGGCCCCGAGGGCAGCCCCCCUCGCAGGCCCAGGACGGUGACCGUGAAGGUGGAGCUGAGCUGCGCUUCUGGUGACCCCAGCUCCGCUGUGCUCAUCCUGCAGGGGCCACGCUAUGUGUCCUGGCUCAUCGACGCCAACCACAACAUGCAAAUCUGGACUACUGGUGAAUACUCCUUCAAGAUCUUUCCAGAGAAGAACAUCCUUGGCUUUGUGCUCCCAGACACCCCCCAAGGCCUGCUGGGGGAGGCCCGGAAGCUCAACGCCAGCGUGGUGGCGUCCUUCGUGGAGCUCCCUAUGGCCAGUGCCAUCUCACUGCAGGCCCACAGCUGCGGCGGCGCACUGGCCACCUCACCCACCCCGGUCCAGACUACCCCUCCCAGGGAGACCUGUGACCAGAAGCUGCUUCUGUCCCUCAUCCAGCCCAGGUGCUCUGACGACGCCAUGACUCUGGAACUCAAUAAAUAUUUCAUCAUGACCCUCAGGUGUACCAUCAGCAGCCUGACCUUCUCAGACCCCAACUGCCAGGCUGAGGACAGAGACGGUCAGCUCGUCCUGCACAGCACCUACUCCAACUGUGGCAUGCAAGGGACGGAAAACAUGGUCAGCAAUGAGGUGAUCGUCCACCUCCUGACAAGCCCAUCACCGCAGCGGAAAAAGGUGCACUGCAUCACCUUGGAGCACGUCUCCUUCCAGCUGGGCCUCUACCUCAGUCCGCACUUCCUGCAGACGUCCCACACCAUCGAGCUGGGCCAGCAGGGCUUUGUGCAGGUGAGCAUGUCCUCACCGCUCCCUGAGCUCAUCCUCCACCUGGACAGCUGCCAGCUAGACUUGGGGCCCGAGGCAGACAAAGUCGAACUCAUCCAGAACCAGGCGGCCAAGGGCAGCUGUGUGAACCUGCUGUCCCCCAGCCCUGAGGGUGACCUGCGCUUCAGCUUCCUCCUCCGCGGCUACAUGGUGCCCACACCCACGACGGGCACCCUCAGCUGCGUCAUAGCCCUGCGUCACAGGGACGGGUCUCUGGACACCCAGAGGACUGCCUCCAUGCGCCUGAACAUCGUUAGCCCCGGCAUGCCUGGCAAGACCCUGGUCCUGCCUGCCGUGCUGGGCAUCACCUUCGGCGCCUUCCUCAUCGGGGCCCUGCUCACCGCUGCACUCUGGUGCAUCUACUCGCACACGCGUCCCCCUGGCAAGCGGGAGCCCGUGGUGGCGGUGGCUGCCCCGGCCUCCUCCGAGAGCAGCAGCACCAACCACAGCAUCGGCAGCACCCAGAGCACCCCCUGCUCCACCAGCAGCAUGGCGUAGCACGGGCCCAGAGCCCCGGGGGCCGCCCAGCCAGCCCUCACCCGCCAGGAGACUGAGCGACCACCCGCUGGGGACCACGGCUCAUGAACUCGCCCCAGGGUCCAAGCCCCUGCACUCGACCGAGAGGGACCUGCCUCUGUGCCCGCUCCUCCUGCCUCCCUCGCAGAGGUCUGCUGCCGGCGGGGGCACCAGCUUGGAAGACCUUGGGGUCCCCCCACCCCACCCCACCCAACCUUCAAACCCAGUGGGCCUGGAGUGCAGCUGCCCAGGAUCAUGGAGAGACAGACCACUGCCCCGUAUGUCCACUUUGUUGUAGAAACCCAAGUCCCUGCCAUUUUUUAAACCCGGACCCAGCACUGAGUGACCUGGGCUGGGCAGGAGGCGAGAACUCCAAACAGACUCUGCACCGCCAGCCAGGCCAUCAGCGCCUCCUGCCCGGGCCAGUGGAUCGGCCCAGGGCACUGGGAUCUGGUCCCCCUCGGCACCCACACCUGGACUGGCACAACUCUGGGGGGGAAACAGAAGCCUGGGUGAUCUGGAGGCCACCCCCCUCCCAGCCCAUGGGGCAGCAGGUGGGGAGUGGCCAGGUGCCAGUGCUGGGCCCACCCCUAUAUACUCACCACCAAUAAAUCAGACCAUGAAACUAGUGCUGGGCUGGGAGAAGGUGAGGGCACCUCAAGCUGGGGGGCAGGGGACAGCCAUGGGUUCAAACCCUGGACCUGCCACUGACUGGCUGUGACUGUGCAGCUCGCGGCUUCGUUAAGCUCAGCCAGUUCCUCUGCAAAAUGGGCACGAGACUCCUCCAUACAAGGUCCCUGUGGGUCUGCAGGGUGGCGCCUGGGCUGUGGUCACGCACAUCCUCCAGCCUCCCAUUUCACAGACAGGCCAGCUGAGGCUCAGCAGGAGCCUCACAGCCCAGGUUCCUACACAAUCCAGUUCCUGGACCAGCUGCAGCCCCCGCUCCCCUAUUGUCCGCGGAGGGAGGUAGAGGUCAAGAGUCCACCCUUCUUUAUAAAAAAUGUUAAAGGCUUUAAUUUGCUCCAGUCACCUUCUGUCCCCACGGGGCCCCAAGCAAGGGCCCUCUCUGUUCGCAGAAGGCCACCGCGAGGAGGAAAUCUGUCAACCAGCACCGGCAGGACCCCCGCCCGGCCAGGCGGCCCACACAAUAAGCUGGGUCUGGGCCAGGAAGCAGGUGGGGCCGGAGGGGACAGAGGCU